AUGGUUCAUAAAGUUCUCUUCUGGACCGGCUUCGGCCUGGCUGUCCGUGCAUGGCAACUCGGUCUCGAAAUGCGACCAUUCUUCAACCGACAAUCCCUCUGGGUCUACCCCGUUUUCGGUGGUGUCGGCGCUUCAUUUGGAUAUUGGAUGCAGGGAGUUGAAAAUCGACAACAGUCUAUUCUUGGGGCAAGACGGACAGCUAUUUUGGAGAAGAGGGCGAGGAGGAAGGAAAGAGAGGGUGCUGCUGAAGAGUCGUAG